AUGAGAAGACACCCUUUCAAUCCUGACAAGUUCUCCCCGCUGAACACAUUUGCAGCAGACUUAGUGGCGCAGGCCAGUAAUUUUGACCCGAUAAUCGGGCGAGAUAUCGAGAUAAAUAGGGUCAUUAAAAUCCUGUCGAGGAGGGUGAAGAACAGCGCUGUUCUUAUCGGAAAGCCGGGCGUUGGCAAAACGUCUAUUGUAGAAGCCGUGGCCAAUAGAAUAGAUUCUGGAGAUGUGCCCAAGAACCUUAGGAACGUUAAGAUUAUGGCGUUGGAUAUAGGUGCUUUGGAAGUUAAUGUGCAAAGCAGGGGAAGUCCUGAGCAGCGACUGCGGGGCAUCUUGGAGGAGGUCAAAGGAGCUAAAGGAAAAGUCAUCCUAUUCGUGGAUGACAUUCACCUUCUCCUCGGUGCUAGGAAUAGAGGAGGAGGCUCCUUGGACGCAGCCAAUCUGUUCAAACCGAUGCUUGCCAGAGGAGAGGUCUCAUGUAUUGGCGCCACAACACUUGAAGAAUACAGGGAGUUCGUGGAGAAAGACGCAGCCUUCGAAAGACGGUUCCAGCAGGUCCACGUGGAGGAACCUAGUGUGUCCGACACUAUAUCCAUCUUGAGAGGCUUGAAAGAGAAAUUGCAAGUAGACCAUGAUGUUCGCAUCCUCGAUCAAGCUCUUGUUGCUGCUGCUCAGCUAUCCAGCAGAUAUGUAACUAGUCACAAUCUUCCUGACAAAGCCAUCGAUUUGGUGGAUGAAGCUUGCGUAAUUUUAAGGUUUCAGCUGGACAGCCAGCCAGAGGAGUUGGAUAUUCUCAUGCGCAGGAAAAGCCAGCUAGAGCGUGAAGUUGUAGCACUAGAAAGAGAAGGGGAUCCAGGCAGUAAUGCGGUUCGUAAAGAGUUUGAUGAUUUGAAGAAGAAAUAUGACUAUCUGUCGAUGAAGCACCACCAGAGAAAAGGAAAAGUGGAUGAAAUUAAACGUCUUAAACGGGAGCAAAAAGAUUUGUCGUCCGUAUCGCGAAAGGCUGGGGAAAUGUAUGAUUUGGCCACUGCUAAAGAAGAGCGGUACAGAGAAAUCGAAGAAGUGGAAGCCGAGAUUGCGCUACUGGAAAGAGAUACCAGCGGCGAGUUAUUAUUUACGGAGAAUGUGGGACCAGAACAUGUUGCUGAGGUGGUAAGCAGCUGGACCGGCAUUCCCAUCUCCCGGCUCGGCCAAAAUGAGAAGCAAAGGUUGCUUGGACUAGUCACAAGGUUGCAUGAGAAAGUGGUUGGCCAAGACCAAGCAGUCGACCUUGUUGCGGAGGCCAUUUUGAGGGCAAGAACUGGGUUAGGAAGACCAGGACAACCAUCUGGCUCUUUCCUAUUCUUGGGUCCAACCGGUGUUGGCAAGACCGAGCUUGCCAAGGCCGUCGCUCUGCAGCUUUUUGACGAUGAACGUCUUAUCAUCCGGAUUGAUAUGUCCGAGUAUGCAGAUCGGGUUGCGGUGACAAGGUUCAUCGGUGCCCCUCCUGGUUAUGUUGGACAUGAAGAAGGUGGGCAACUAACCGAGGCUGUGAGGCGGAGACCCUACAGUGUUGUGUUAUUGGAUGAGGUGGAGAAAGCGCACAAAUCUGUUUUAAAUCCACUCCUCCAGGUUCUCGAUGCUGGCAGACUAACUGAUGGCCUUGGCCGAACGGUUGACUUUACCAAUACUGUGAUCAUCAUGACCUCAAACAUUGGAGCACAGAACAUUAUUGAGGCUCUGGCUGGCAAAAUGACGAUGGAAGCAGCCCAUGAACGAGUCAAUAAGGAGGCGACUGAGCACUUUCUGCCAGAGUUUCUGAAUCGGCUUGAUCGGACCAUAGUGUUUGAUCCUCUCUCGCUUGACCAACUGAAGGAGGUGGCUAGACUAAAAGCGAAUGAUGUUAUACAUAGAUUGGCUGGAAAAGGCAUUACUCUGGGUUUUUCUAAUGCAGCUUUGGACGUUGUCCUAACAAAGAGUUAUAAGCCGGAGUAUGGUGCUCGGCCAACCAUUAGAUGGCUCGAGCAGAACGUGGUGACCAGGCUCACGAUGAUGUUCGUGAGAGAGGAGAUAGGUGAGGGCUCAACCGUGUACAUUGAUGCAGAGCCCAAUCAGCAAGAUCUUGUAUACCUUGUGGGCCAGAGUGAUAGGAUAGUAGAAGAGGAAUGA